UAAUUACAAUAUUAUAUAAAUUUGAGAUAGAAACAAAAGCGAAUUUUAGUAAAAUUAUUAACCAAUUCAAACUUUUUAAUUAAUAAAUUAAUUAAACAUAUUAGGGAAGGCAAAACUUUAGUAAGAUUCAGGCAAAGUGUUUUAACGCGAAAAUAAUAAUUAUUUUCUAAAUCGCCGAGUGCAGUCGGUCGAUUUCAUAAACCUUUUUUCGCUAAGGUGUUAAAAUAAAGAAACCAAACUGUUUGAUAACGGCUUGAAGUUGGAUAUUUCCAGCUAUUCCCACAUGAACAUACGCAUGGGCACAAAGGGCAAGCGACCGUUGCGUAGCUUGACCCCCAGGGAUAAAAUUCAUGCGAUUCAACGUAUCCACGAUGGUGAAUCCAAAGCGUCGGUGGCCAGGGAUAUAGGUGUACCCGAAUCGACUCUACGUGGUUGGUGCAAGAAUGAGGACAAGCUACGGUUUAUGUCCCGCCAAUCAGCAGCUGACAAGAUGUGCGCCGAUUCUUUAGUGGAUAAAUUGGAUGGUUCUGCGGGUAUAUUAGGGCCACCUGAAAAGCGCCAGCGAUUAGACAACACUCUGCCUCUAAAUUUUUCUAAUAAAAUGAACUUUGAUGAACUUGCCUUCAAGCGAUCACCUCUUACUGGUUUGGACUAUAGUACAAAUAAAAGUCUAUCAGACAUGAGCUAUAACGGACUACCAGUUGAUUAUGUGGGCUUUAACGGAGCGAUCAAAAACAAAGUUUUUGGUGCAGAUAUAUCCCGGUCUGGUCCUGCUGAUCCAUCGUUAAAUGCCAUAAGCCCUCUUUCGAGUCUCACACAUCUGUCGGGUCUCACCGGCAUAUCUCAGUCUCCGCUAGCUAUCAGUUUUAAUGAGCUGACCUCAAAUCUAAAUCUGCUGGCUCAGCUUAACCCCGGCUUAGCAGCUAUGUCAGGAUUAAAUAGCUUUGCAGCGACAGCUAACACAUUGCGUAAUACAACAAAAACUAAUGUUCAGUCACAGCCACAACUGCAGAGUCCGCGAAGCGAAAACGGCGAUCGGGACCGGACUCCAGCGCUGUCCGUCAAGAAUUGGGCAAAACAAAAGCCACCUGGUCCUAUGUCAACCACUGGAGACUGUGACAUAAAAAGCGGAAACAUAAAGAGUCCGAGUCCGUCGCUUGCGCCUUCACUGGUUGGUUGUGUAGCACCGCUGUCAGGUCUACCUGAUGAUCCUCUGCUCUACUGGCUUAAAUCCCAGCAGGCAAUGCUGGGACUAAACAGUCUGUACCCACCUCCAGUGGCAAUAGGUGUUACAAGCCCACCAAUACGCUCCUCAACCCCACAACAGAUAAAUCAAUAUUCCAACACUCCCCCCGUUUCUUCGGCACCACUGGCUCCAUCAUCACCAGCAGCUAGAAGUUUGGAUGACAAGAGUUCGGCGUGGUAUAACUGGUGCAAAGCAUUUGGAGCCAGUCUGCACUCACUCAAUCCGAAUGCUGCUACAUUGGCAGCGCUUCAGGCAACUUCAAUACAGCACCAAGCUUCGUUGACUACCGCAGAGGCCACGAAUAUAGAAGAUAUCGUAAAACAGCCGUACGACAACAUUCUAUAUUCACAACUAACUAAAGAGACUGGAUCGUCGUCGGCUCGAAGCCUGUCUUCUAACGAACAGAACCAAACUGAACAAAAUGAUUCGGCCACAGACCCAGUGGUAGACCCUGAUGUAGAAAGCACCGGAAAACCUGAGGAUUUGUCUGCUAAAUCGGUUAAAUCAACUAGCUCUACCCCUUGUCCGACCAUGGCAUCUCCGAAUCUCGUUAUUAGUAGCCGUGAUCAUACUCCAGAGCUUUGCACUGCGGUAAGCAGUCGAUCGCCGUCAAAUCCAGGUAGCACAGAGUUAAACAGCACCUCAUGCAGCGCUGGUGAAGAUUGCAAAAAUGUUCUGAGCAAUAUACUGUAUAAAAUUGGGAGUAUCAAUGUAGAUGCGUCACAAAACGCCACUACGCCUGUAAGUCCUGAAUUGGGCUGUGAGUCAGAGGCAAGCUUCACUAGCGAUACUCAUCCCCAUAAUAAUAAUGAUGUCAGUGCCAGUAACAACAAUAAUAACUCUAAUAAAACAGACGAGGAAGAACGGGGCAAGUACGUGGACUAUGCGACCGACAUUGAAGAAGUAGAAGCCAUAAGACACGGCGAAAAGUUCCUACAGUGGCUGGAAAACUGUAGUAAUCCACGCGUUACAGCCGUUCAACUGAUGCAACUUAGAUUCCUGAUUGCAGCUAUCAAGUCAAGCAGUGAUACACAAGCGGUUACCAGACCCGCUGUCACUUGCUCUGAUGAAAAUGAAGACAAUUCUCAUGAGGAUGCAAGUAGAAACAAAACUCGUCGCCGUAAAUAGGACAAGCCGAAGUUGGCACCUCUGGAGCCAGCCACGGAUACUGUUAAAACUGCGAAGGAGCAGAAGAAAGAAAUGAUCGAAAUAGAUACCAAAGUACAUGGCCAAGACUUGGGAUGGAAGCAAUCAAAGGUAGACCUAAGCUUUGCCAGCGGUAUUGAAUCGCCAUUGUCCCUGCUAACAAGAUGCCAGCAGUUUUCCCCAGCUGUUUACAAAUCGUCUGCAACCCUGCUCAGCUCGUUGAUGUUUCCGCCCUACGAAUUUGUACACUGUGACCUCGAUAAUGACCCAGAUGACUGCCAAAUAACGGGCGAGUACCAACAGUCCGAUGAACUCAGUUCGAGUAGUGACGAAAAUGUACAGAAUGACUUAGAAUAAAUGAUUUCUUCCAACCUAUUAUAUCAAUGUAUAUGUAUGUUCAAAUUAUAGAGUAGAUCCUGAGCCAAAACUCACAUUUUUAUUGUGAAUUUUACC